AUGUGGAAAAAGAUAUUCCAAAUUUUUGUAUUUUUCAUUUUUUUCAAUGGCAUUUCACUCAUAUUGUGUAGAAAAAUAUGCAACGUUGUACAGUUUGGGUCCUACACAUUAUCAUUAAACAAAGAAAAUAAAAAAUAUUUCAAAUAUGAAGUAGUUGGCAUAAUAGACCCUUUUGACAGAAACAAAAUAUUGUGGAGUAGAAAAAAAAGAAACAGAAAAUUCGAUUUGAAUCCUUUUAAAAAUAUAUAUGAUCGUUUUUUUUGCAAUAUUAAUGAUUAUGUUUAUGUAACAAAUAGGGAUCAGUUCAUUUUUCGUAUCUUUCACAUAAAUCUAAAGAACACUAUUAAAUAUAUGUUAAAGUAUAAAAUUAUACGCGGUAAAAUGAAGGGCGGAAAAAACGGCGAAAAUACCAUUUUGUGCUUAAAAGAAACGAGCAAAUUGUAUCGAUUCUUGAACAACAUUAACAUUUAG